AUGUUCGUCCACACGACCAAAGGCGCCCUCGCCAAGCCUACAGUGCACCUUGUGACCAGCGUCGGUCGCAGCUGGCUGCAAUGGGACGCGGAGCGCAUGCGUCUUCUGUUCGCAGGCUCUGACGCCGGUGCGCCGAUCGCCGGCCUCGCGCAGACCGGUACUGAGAUAUUUGCGUCGGCAGGCGCGCGUGUAAUCAAGUACUUCCGCGGCAAGGAGGUGGCCGAGUAUCUCGCUCCUAACGGAGAGGCUUUGGGCCAAAUUAUCCUCUUCGGCGAGCAGAUCCUCGCCCUCAAGGCCGAUGGGUCUGGCCUGCUCAUUUGGAACGUUGCGAGCACGGAGCUGGACAACGAGAUCACCUUCCACUCUAGCUUCACGGCUACGACUAUGAUGCACCCCGCAACGUAUCUCAACAAGGUUAUCGUGGGAAGCCAGCAGGGCGAGCUGCAACUGUGGAACAUCCGCACUGGUUCGCUCAUUCACACCUUCGCGGCGCCAACCUCCGCCUCGCCCGUCACCACGAUUGUGCAGGCGCCAGCCCUGGACAUUGUCGGCGUUGGGCACUCGGAUGGUGACAUCCGUGUGCUGGACAUCAAGCACGGCGACCUCGUGAUGCAGAUGCGCAUGGACGAGGGGUCUGUAACGGGGCUGGCAUUCCGCAUGGACGGACCACCAAUUCUUGCCUCGGCAUCAUCGGUGGGCGCUAUCGCGAUUUGGGACCUUAGCAAGGGAGGGCGAGUGCUGCACACGCGCCGAAGGUCGCAUGAGCAGGCGGUCAACGGGUUGGAGUGGGUGCAGGGUCAGCCAUUGCUGGUGUCAUCGAGCGCGGACAACAGCGUCAAGCAAUGGGCGUUUGACUCUCCAACAGCGGAGCCACGGCUGCUUAAACUGCGUUCAGGACACAACGCACCGCCGUCGUGUAUCCGCUACUACGGAGAGGACGGGAAGCAGAUUUUGACGGCGGGUCGCGACAGGGCGCUGCGGUACACUUCGGUGGUCCGAGACUCGCGAAGCUACGAGCUCUCGCAGGGCUCGCUGAUCAAGAAGGCCAUCGGGUUGGGUGUGAGCGUCGACAACCUCAAGUUCCCGCCGAUCACGGCCAUGUCGAGCUCGUCAAUCCGAUCUAGAGACUGGGAGGAUGUGUUGACGGCCCACGCCGAGGACGCGAGCGCCCGGACAUGGCGGGUGGCUGAGAAGCGGUUGGGGCAGUGGGAGUUUGGCGUGGAUGAGGGCGACGUGCAGGCCGUUUGUGUGACAGCCUGCGGCAACUUUGGCUUGGCGGGUUCGUCAACGGGCGAGAUCCGCAUGUGGAACAUGCAGAGUGGCAAGGAACGGAAGAGCUUUGCGCUUUCUGGCCCACCUCCAGGCGACAGCAAGCCCAAGGUGAUGCAGAAGAAGAAGAAGAAGAAGGAAAGCAAAAAGACCAUCGAAGCGAUCACCGGACUGGCGACAGACGCGCUCAACACGACAGUCGUCGCGAGCACGCUCGAGGGCAAGCUGUACUUCUUUGACUUCCACACCACUGCGCGUACCGAGGUGAUGGAGCUCGACAGCAGCAUCACGGCACUUGAGCUGCAGCGCGACAGCGGGCUUCUGGCCUGUGUGUGCGACGACCUCGUCGUCCGACUGGUGGACAUUGAAACGCGCCGUGUGGUGCGUGAGCUGCGCGGGUUCAAGGGCCGUAUUCUGGACGUGGCAUUCACGCCUGACUCGCGCUGGAUCCUUGCCACCUCGCUCGACUCGAGCGUGCGGACAUUCGACAUCCCCACCGGCCGACUGGUAGACGCGUUCCGCGUUCCGUCCAUCGCCACGAGCCUCACCUUCUCGCCCACGGGCGACUUCCUCGCAACGUCGCACGUCGACAGCCUCGGUGUGCACCUGUGGGCGAACAAAGCGCAGUUCAGCGACAUUGCCCUCCGCCACAUCCCCGAAGACGAGGAUGUACCCGAGAUCGCCCUUCCCAGCGUGCAGGGCGUCGACGACGCCGCUCUGGCGGGUCUCGAGGCUGUUGGCGCACCAGAGUACACGGACGUGUACACGACGCCAGACCAGCUCGCGGACGGGCUGCUCACGCUCUCGCUCCUCCCCCGCUCGCGCUGGACGACGCUGCUGAACCUCGAGACGAUCAAGGCGCGCAACAAGCCCAAGGAGCCGCCUAAGGCGCCCGAGGCCGCCCCCUUCUUCCUGCCCACCGUGUCGGGUCUCGAGCCCAAAUUCGACUUGCCGGCCAAGCAGGUGGAGGAGGCGAGUGCACGCUUCGCGCCUGCUGCCACGUUCUUGGAGAGCGAGUUCACGCGCCGCCUCGCGCGUGAAGAUGAGGACGGCGACUACACCGCCUUUUUCGAGUAUAUGAAGGCGCUGUCGCCGAGCGCGGUCGACCUCGAAAUCCGCUCGCUCGUCUCACUCGACCACCUCGGUGCAUUCAUGGCGGCUCUCCUUGGCCGUUUGAGGAGCCACCGCGACUUUGAGGCUGUGCAGGCCUUCUUGGCUGUGUUCCUCAACGUCCAUGGCGAUGUGUUGAUCGCUAACGCUGAGCUCCGCGGGACGCUGGAGCGCCUCGACGCGGCCCAAAAGAAGGAGGGCGCGCGCUUGGCCGAGCUCCUCUCAUACUCGCUCGGAACACUGUCGUUCCUCCGCUCGUAA